UGUGUGACUUGUGUCACCACAUAUUGCGUACCCGGUUUUCGCAAUACUUAAUUUUGGCCGAUCUCUUCCCUUUUCUCUCUCCUAGGGUUCCUAAAAAGUAAAAAUUAUCUAUUGCCUUUGAAUAUCGGAUUCCUUAUUUUUGCUGUUUAUCAUCUUAGGUUUUAUUUUGCAAGUUUUCUAGGAUGGAUUCGGCAAGGAAGAGAAAAUCGGCAGAUUCUGCGACAGUUUUGAAGAAAACAGGAGAUAUUGUGGAUGAUUUUUGGCCACUGAAACUGAAGGAUCCCUUUGAGAAUUUGUCCCGCUUUCAAGAGAAUGGUAAGUGCUAUAACAGAUUCUUCUAUUCUUUUCUUCGUGUUAGUAAGGACGGAGAAUAUGGUGAUGAUAUAAAGAAGAUGGUUUCUGAGUUGCCUGAUAUGGAGAUUGGCGACCCCUUUGAUGUUUUAUCGUUGUUGUCCUUUAAGGGUCAGAGUAAUUACCUUGUUCGAAACAACAAUGAUAAUGAUCAAGUCGAAUUGAACAAGGAUACAUUUCAUGGGAAAUAUGUUAUGGUUUGCUGGUUUCAUGUCCCUAUUCAUUGUCUAGAUGGAGAUGCACUCUUUAUCCAGUCUGCUGCAAAUAUCUGUUAUGAAAUGUUUGAUUUAUUUGAUGAUUUUGAGAUUGUGUUGGGUUUGAAGAUGAAUCCUAAGUAUAAUAAUCAACGGGUCUUUUCCCACUUCUUGUCGGCUUUUCCCCCCUCUUGCCUUGUAGUACCCUUUGAUGACCCCAAGCGUAGUGACUAUAUAUGCUGUUAUCUUGAAGUUAGAAUUCGUUGCGAAUGUUUCCUUGUGGAUGGUAAUAGCAUUGCUUUGUUCUCUGGAGAACCUGACUUCGAAAUGGGGGAAAGAGUUAGCGCCUCUCGCUUGUGUAGUAAUUAUUCUGCUAAAGACUUGGAAAUUAUCAGUCUUCCUAAGAUAACACGGCUUCGGAGCAUUAUUAAUAAUACUGUUGUACGUAGGAUUAAUGAAGAAGGUGUCCAGGAGGAGAUGUCUUUCUUGAGACUCAAUGAGAAGAAGGUUGUCGGUUUGUACUUGUGGACUGAAGGAAUUAGGUGUAUCACUGACGAAAGUUUCAUUGACACACUUGACAUGGUCAAUAAACAAUGCAGAGGUACUAAGCAAGAAUUCGAGAUUGUAGUGGUCUACAUACCCUUUCUUCACUGUAUUCCCCCAAAGAUUUACCAGGCGAAAAUAGAUAACUUUAUGGAGAAAAAAAAGAUAUCUUGGUGGCGGAUGCCCUUCAACACCAUAUGCAACAAACUUGGGAACACUGCGGAUGUAUUCCUGGUCAGCUAGUUAUUGUGGGACCCAAUACUGAAUACGUGGAUCUUUAUGGACGAGAUAUCUUGGGCAAAUACGGAUCUGUUGCAUAUCCGUUCACUAGAGAGGGCCUUAUCAGUAAUGGUGUUAAGUUGUUGAGGGAACUCACCUUGGAGUCAUUGCUCACUUCUGAGUCAUGUAACUAUGUUCUUAAAGAUGGCUUCACUCAGAUCAAUGUGGCUUCACUCCAACCCAGGGACAUACUUCUAUAUUUUGGUUCUGAAGACGGUUCUCUUAUUAAAAGUCUACAGAAUUUGUAUUCUGAGGUUAAACUUGAGAAUCCUAAUUUUGAAGUGAUUUAUGUUCGCCGAAACAAUACCAGCAACUAUUGUAAUAACAUGGAUAUUGGUCUUCCUUGCUUGGUACGCCCCUUCGAAGCUGAUCAUUCAUCAUCUCUGGGGAAAAAGUUAUUCCCACACGUUGUUCCAGUUGAUACCUUCGUUCGAUUUGGAAACGAUGGCCAUGUUUGUUCAGUUGGGGGCAAUAAUCUACGUGAGGAUGUUUGUUCAGUUGGGGGCAAUAGUCUACGUGAGGAUGUCAUUUUUAUGCUUGAACGCCUCGGGAUCAUGGAGGAUUACAUUAGAUACUGUUGUUGACCUACUUAGCUCAAGGGCUUACGUGUCUUAUAAUAGCCUGAGGUAUGUUAUGCUCUAUUAGUUUGUUUUGUUAACGUUCUUUAAACAAGUUAUUUUGCACAAAUUUCAUGGGUUGUUUCCUGUCCUUUUUCUUCUUACAACAAAGGCACAAAACUGCUCUCCUUUUCCUAUGUGAGUCUUUUGGUUUCUUGACUGAUAUAUGCCAGAUCUGUCUUGGGUGUGUGCCAGUUUCUGCUUGCUCUUUGUCUUUGUCGGGAUUGGUGUGCUUAGGUUUUUUUGACUGAUUUUGGUGUUCCAUUGGCAUUUUUGUUUUCUUUGUCAUGUGAGCGCCAAGAAAAGCUUGUAAAAUUUGUUUGCAAUAAUGAUUGUCUUUGUUCAUUUUACAUAAUUGUAAUAACUUUCAAAAGGAAUAUCAGUUUAUUGAUUUAUAAUUAUGUUGGAUUGCAACUGUUUUCAUUUAGACUCCGUUUGGUAGGAUGUAAAACAUUUUCAUGGAAAACUACUUUUCUGUAUUUUCUAUUUUAGGUCCUUUGGUUUUCUAAGGAGUGUAAAACAUAUUUUCAUAGGAGUAAAAUUGCGAUGAAAACCAUUCUUCCUUUUCAUGGAAGGGAAAAUAUGUUUUCCUCCAUUUUCCUUUCCUUUUUAGUACACUUCUUCCACCUACCUCCUCACUUAUCACUUCCCCUUGCAUUUUCCUUUUUCCCCAUCGUUUUCCUUACAUGCAACCAAUAAUGGAAGAUUAAUCUUGCAAUUUUUUCCAUUGUAAAUUGUUUUCCAUGGAAAUUGUUUUACAUUGAAAAUGUUUUACACCCAACCAAACGGAGCCUUAAAACAUUUCUAUGUUGGUGAGCUAAGAGGAGUUGUCGUAAUUUCAAUUGGUUGCAUUUCAGUGCCAGUAUGUGAAUCACUCAUAGGUUACAUUUCAUUAGCAUCUGUUCCUGUUAGCUAUGUUAAGUCUUUUUUAGAGAUUAUAAUUUCCCUCUCUCUGAUUUUAUUCACCUUACAGUUGUAGUGGAAGAAGAUAAGAAAACCAAUUGCUUAUAUGCCAUUUUUCUAGUUGUUGGUGUGUACAGUUCAUGAUUUUCAAGGUCGCUGUACCAUAGGUUAUUUUUUUGAAUUUUGUUUUUGGUACAAUCUAAUUGUUUAUUUUGUGCAUGUAGUUGUGAUUCGUUAUUUGUUUGGCUUUAGAGAGAUAUUACACAUUCAUGCUUGGACCUCGAUGCUUUGUGGUUGUCAGCUUCCCAUGCUUUGUAACUGAUAUUAUAUUGAAAUUAGGUAUUUCUCACAUAUAUUGGCUUGUGUUAAAGCUAGACUUUGGGGUGUUUAUUUAACCUAUCUGCUACUAAAUGCUACUGUUUUGUUAAAAAAAAAAAAAAGCAUGAUCAAGAGUGAUGUAUCUUUAAAGCUUCUCUCUUUAAAUUUUAAUUCCGGUGGACAUGUUGAAGUAUAAUAGCCUUUUCUUGGUACUUGGUAAGCAUUUUUUUUCCAGUUUUGAUUUAACAAUUUUUGAACAAAUACAGUUGUACAGCUUAAUUUCUGUUGUUUCUCACUUUUUUUGGGGGAAGGAGGCUUAUUUUCUCUUAUGUUCCCCCUCUCUUUGUUUUAAAGCAAGUUUAAAUGUGUCUUGAAGAACUGACUAGCUUUAUUUUCAUUUCUUUUUUUAAUUUUAUUUGCAAGGCUUUAAAUUUUGUUCCACAAAAGCAAAAGACAAAAACAUAAAAAUAAAAUGUUUGCUCAUGCUUAUGAUGAGAUAUAUAGGCCCUUGGUGUUCUUUCUCAUGCUCCAAACGUCACCGUUCACCUCCUUAGUACCGAUGUUUGUCAUGUUUCCUACUUGUAUGCGCUUUACUUUUGGAAAUUUUGCGAGAAACCAUUUUUCAAAAUGUUAUUUUUGCAAGAAACUACCUUAAAAAAAAGUGGCACAAAACUACCUUUUAAAAGGUCUUGGUUGCAAAAGGGUAUCUUAUCUCAUUUUUCGGCGAUUUGACUUAUUUUCUCCUUUACUUUAUCACUGUGAUUUAAUGUUUUGCUUUGAACUUGAAUUAAGAUGAUUUUGUCGUGGCUGAUUUCUUAAUUCUACUUUGAUUUUUUGGAAAUUAAUUGCUUCAAUUAUUUGUCAUACAAUGUGUUGUUUCGCCGGAAACCUUUAUGUCAGCCAGUAAUCUUAUGUUAUUUUUUGUGAUGUAGGGUUUGCCUUUUUCUGUGGGUUUACUCUUGAUUACAUGCUCUCUGGGUUUGGGCUUUGGCCCUGUUUCUUGUUCAAUUAGGGUUUAUUUUGAUUUUGGUUGACUGAUUCAUUUGGAGUGAGAUUGGCUGUAGAAUGUUUCAAUGAUGAGAUACCAUUUUGGAAUUUGCUACAUUGAUGGUGAAGAGUAUUAUUGGAUUAUUGUUGCAUUAAUGUUUGAUAAAAAUGUUUUGGUGGAAAAAUGUUGUAGCUUGUUGCUCUGGUUGAAGAUCUAUAGAAUGUCCUAUUAUGGGUUUAUUUCUAGUUUAUCUAUUAUAAAUUUUAUUGCUACUCAUAUAAAGGAUAGUUAUUUAUCCCCUAUUUGACUUUGUUGUUGUACCUUGUAGGUAAGACUUAUAUGUAUCUAGUUUGCAAUCUCGUCACCUUGUGGUUUAGAUUAUUGAGGUGAUUAGUUUUGGUAGUUUCCAUCUUGCUUUAUGUGAGCUUAUGGAGAAGAAAUCCGGAUCCUUUUAGUACUGAGUCAUUUUACCCUUUCCGUACCUCGUCUCUAGUUUCCAUCUUGUUUUACGGUGUGCGGCCUUUUAAGUGUCUUGAAUGAUAUCUAGGCUAGGAGUUGGGAAUUAGCCGAGCCGAGCCGAGCCCAAAUAGUGGGAGGCUCAGCUCGAGUUCGAGUUUUGGAAUGGAGGCUUUGCUAGAGCUCGAGGCUCAUCGAGCCUCAAAAAUGGAGUUCGGCUCGGGCUCGUGUGUUGUAAUGGGAGGCUCAGUUCGUGGCUCAAGCGUGUUUGAGGUUCAUAACUUACAAUUAAUCAUACAUUGAUACAUAUUAUAGGUGAUACAGAUCUCACAAAUAAAAAAGUCUCCAAUAACACAAAUAACUAAAUCAUAUAUUACAAAUUCAAAUAUAUUUUUCACCACCAAAGUUUCACAAUCAUACAAGUUAUAAGCUCUUCUUGGUUCAAUUCUCCAUGGCAUGAAUAAUUUUGUAACAGCUUCUGGAAUAGGAAUAAUGAUCUCUUUUGGUUGAUCGUCUUCAACAUUUGAUUGACAAUAUUAAAUUAAAGAACAUUUGAGUAAACAUAUACGGAGUACUAAAUUGAAAAAAAAGAGAAAAUGGGAAAUCAGAAAUUCAUACAUGUUGGUGGUUCGCCAACCAUAGCCGUUCGUAUGGUGGAAAACGGUUGUGAGAGGUGGGAGUGUGAGCACGUGGCGACGGUGGUGAUUGAGCUAUCAGCGACUGAGCAGCGACGGUGAGUCGUGACUCAUGAUUGGUGUUUCGGGUUUUUGUGAGUUUUUGAGAUUUUGGUGAAUGAGUUUUGUUGUGUUUUGAGUUAGUUUUUGAUUGGUAAUUGUUUUUAAGUUUUGUUGGAAGUUGUUGGACUGUUUGGUCUUGGGCCGUUCGCCAGUGGUUUAUUUACUUUUUUGUUUUGUAUUUUUUUUUUCCAAUUUUUUCAAGUUAACGUUUUUAAAGGAGUAAUUGAGUAGAUUUAGAUGUUUUACUAAUGAAUAUUAUUAUCUACUGUAGUUUUUAUUUAAGAAAAUAACCGCGAGCUUUUUUAGCCGAGCUUAGUCUUGAUCAUGGCUCGUCUCGUUAGGUCUCAAGCCAAUCCUGAACUACAGCCGAGCCAUAGCGAGUUGAGUCUUGGCUGAGCUUUGAACGAGCUGAGCUUUAACCAGGGCUUGGUUAAUUCCCAGCCCUAGUUAGUGAUAUCAAUUGUGUUUAUAUUAUGUUUAUUUUAGUAUAUAUGCCUUCAAAUGUAUCUAUACUCUUAUAUCAAUUAGUAACUGUAGAGUCGUUGUAAUUGGAAACUGUUAAGAGUGUGAUCUGUUAGAGACGGUACAAUAUUUCUUGGUACUCCCAGGGUACUCCCUAUAAUGAUUAUAACGGAAUUGGUCUAGCCAUGUUCUGUUCAGCUUUACUUCUUUUUCUUUCUUACGUGGUUGAUAAUCGCGUUGUGUUGUGUCUGAGCUACACGAUUUUGCCAAAUUUGUGGUAUUUUUGGCUUGUCAAGGUUGUGUGCUUAACUGCUUAUGAAUCAUGACAUCCUUGUCUAAUGUAUAUACGUGUACCAAUAUAUUGCUCUUAUAUAGGCCUUGUUUGGGGUAGAGAGAGUUUUGGAGAGCUUUUAGCUUUUUGGACCACAUUAGAGGUUGACCCAAGCAAACCUCUAAUAUGGGUGUUCCAAUUUCUGAGCUUAGAGUUCCAUUGACUAGAUGUCUAGAUGUGCUCAUGAUGAGGAUUCCUCUGGUAAUUGGCAUGACUACAGAGAAACAGGUUCAGACUCAGAUAUUGAUGAGUUUGGUGGUGUGAAUGUGAUGUUUCAUUUCCCAUUUUACUUUGAUCUCGCUAAUUCACUUCACUCUCACCUCUCUACUUCAACAGGUAUGUAAAAUUAUCUUUUCCUGUAAUUUCUUUACUUCAUUUGUAAGAUUCAAUUUUUUCCUUUGAUUUUCUUUUUACAUAUGUUUCAAUAGUAUAUAUGAGAUUUAUGCUUAUUUUUUAUUCUGAUUUGCAAUGGUAAUUUGUGUUUCUACUGUACGGAUUUGAGUACAAAGUUGCGUAUGUGUGACUUAUCUCUGGUUUGCUUGUGUUUUGAUUCGAUUGUGCUAGUUUCGUUAUUUCUUUUUUAGUUGUUUGAUUCUUUGUUUUUUCUUCUUUACUUUGCUUAUCUUUUAAUUUGGUUUUGCUAUGAUCGAUUAUUAAGCUUGAAUUAGUAUUUUAACCCUAAUUUGUCUGUUCGAAUGACUGAUUUUUUGAGGGUUCGAUUAUGCUAGUUUUAUUAUUAAUGUGUACGUGUUGAGAAUUUUCAGAUGAUCAUCAAUUUUUACUAUAAUAUCCUUUUUCUUUGAUAUGGUAGAUUGUGGAGUAUUUUCUGUGGUCAGAAGUUCUCUUUCUAGGUCGCAGAGGAUGGGGUUUUUGGUGCUUCAUUCUGAUUAUAUACCAUCUUAAUUAUGGAUUUCUGGUAGUUAUCCUUUUAGUUCAUUCACUGUUUUUCAUAAGCUUGGCAUCCAAGUUUGUAAACACCAAGUUUGGUUUUUGUGCUGCUUUCGGUAAAAGGUAAAACCCAGUUGCUAGACUAUGCUAAAAUGACAUUACAAUGUUUUUCCAGUUAAGUGUCUUAAAAUUAGAGCAGAAUCUCUGCAACAAUAUGUUUACACCGAAUACUGUAGUCUAUCUUUGAAAUUGGUUGUUUCAGAUCUUCAAUUUGAUUGUUCAAGUGUUUCGGAUUAAAAA